AUGAAUCAAUCCACUGCCUCGGUGAGAUGCCUGGAAUGUGGCAAAGAUAUUACUUACAAAGGAACAACUAGCGGAUUAGUGAAACACCUAAAGUCAAAGCACGGAGCUCAAUACAUACAAACAAUGCGAAAGACUCAACGGGAUAAGGGACUAACCCUUACCCAAGAGGAUAACACACAGUCAACGGAAAUGCUGUUAGCCAAAGCAUUCUGCACCGGUCUGAUUCCAUUUCGAUUCGCCGAAAAUAAGGAAUUCAGACUUUUUUGUAAAAAGUUAAAUUCAAAUUUUCACCUUCCAUCACAAAAAGUUAUGAAGAAUCUUAUUGUGCAAAAUCAUGCCGAAUACAUUCAAAAGCUCACACAUGCAUUAAAGGAUGUUGAGAAAUAUGUGAUCAUUACUGAUGGUUACUGCGAUUUACGAGGUCUGAAAUGUAAUCUUGAUAAUUGCGUGGGUUCUGUAACUGAUGGCGCUGCCGUUCUCCGUUCUUUCGCAAAUGCGCAUUUUAUUCGAAUCACCACUGCGGAUGCCACUGCGCGAAUCUCAUUUUUGAGAAAUUUUCAAAAGUGA